AUGAUUCCCAAGGCAGAGUCUGUCCACCGCCCUAAUGACACAUCAAUUGAACUGGACUGCAGUGUGCUCAGAGAUAAAUCCAGUUCCAAUUACAAUUUGACCUUUUGCACUCCAAGAGACAACAAGCAUGGUGCCGAGGCCUCUGUUAUUGAAGAUGCCGAGCAUGACCGUCAACUAACAAAGUCCACCGCCGCCGACGCUGCGGACAUGCGCCGCAUGGGAAGAAACCAGGAACUAGUCCGAAAUUUUCGCACGUUCUCGGUUGCUUCGUUUGCUGCGGUGGCUGGUGCGGGCUGGGAGUUUGGCAUGUUCCAGAUUACGCCUGCUCUUCUGGAUGGUGGCAGGCCGGGCUUGAUAUACUCGACCAUCUGGAAUUUCAUCGGCUUCGCCCCCAUAUAUCUGAGCAUGGCUGAAAUGGCUAGCAUGGCUCCAAUUGCUGGUGCCCAGUAUCAUUGGGUGAGUGAGUUUGCACCGGAGAGCAUGCAAAGAGUCCUCAGCUAUGUGAGCGGAUGGACAUCAACUCUGGCAAUGCAAGCUGGUCAAGCACUUGGCGUUCUUUUAACAGGCACCCUAAUCCAGACCACCAUUCUUGUUAAUAACCCGGAUUAUACAAGCCCGCCAUGGCACGUGUUUCUAUUCAUUGUCGCGGCUGUUAUAACAGCUUUUAUUGGCAGUAUCUGGGGUCAUCGGUCUUUACCACAUUGGCAAAACAUCGCAUUCGCCUUGCAUGUUCUGGCCUAUUUUGCUGUUUUAAUCCCUAUUUGGGUGAAUGCACCAAGGACUACGUCGGAGCAGGUAUGGACAGGGUUUGAGAACACAGGAGGAUGGCCGAAUUUGGCACUUGCCCUCUUGAUUGGCCAUAUGACUGGCGCGAAUUUUCAAGUUGGCAUUGAUGUGGCGGUGCACAUGUCCGAGGAAGUUCGGAAUGCGGCCUCGUCUGUUCCCAAGGCCAUGUUGGCAGUCUUCUUGUCCGGCUUUGUGUUGAUACUACCUCUUCUUCUUACGAUUGUAUACCACCUUCCGGAUAUUUCCGUUGCUCUCAAAGACGACACAGCUUACCCGGUUGUCUACGUGCUGCGACGGAGCAUGUCUAGCAAUUGGAUCACGGGCGUCCUUGUCGUUGUGAACUUCCUGGUAGUCUGUUCGAACGUUUCAUUCCUAACCGCCGCUAGUCGCGAUCUGUAUGCCUUUUCUCGCGACAAGGGGGUUCCCUUCUCCGACUGGAUCUCCAAGAUUGAUCCAAAACGACCCGUGCCUCAAAACGCAGCGAUUCUGACGAGCAUCUCCACGCUCGCAAUGGCGCUCAUUUACCUCGGCAGCCCUGUUGCUUUCUAUGCCAUUUCCUCGCUCUUCACCGUGGCCUUGCUCCAAUGCUACUGUUUGAGCAUUGGCUGCUUCUUGUGGAGAAGAAUCUACUACCCCGAGACCCUGCCGCAUGCCCAGUUCUCCCUGGGCAGAUAUGGGAUUCCGACAAACGCUGCCGCAGUCGUUUUUGGCUCAUGGACCUUCUUCUGGGCUUUCUGGCCAGAGUCAUAUCCCGUCACUGCACAAAAUUCCAAUUGGUCUUCGAUCUUGUUCGCAGCAGCUCUGAUCGGGGCACUGAUGCACUUUGCACUUGUCGGUCGACAUAGAUAUCACGGACCAGUUGCUUUGGUUGACGGAAGAAAAUUAAGGUCAUUCAGCCGGCAAGAUUGA